GCUGCACAGCGUGGCACCCACAGGGCACUUGGUUGUGCACCAACGACUAGCUUCUCUCCGCCAGACUGCGGGGAGCAAGGGGCGCCCGCCACUCCUCAACUGGCAACGGCCUCACCUUACAGCGCCCCACCGCUUAAACCACCCUCAUACCUGCAGAAGGAACCUACAGUCAUCCCGGGCGGCGGAGCCACAAGCAGCACCCUCCUCCACUUCCGGUGGUGCGUCAGCUAAAUAUCGCCUGCGAGCAACUUCCGCUCUUCGGCCUAGGAGCGGAGCGCCGCCCGCCUGGGAACGGCUGUGUGGCGCUCGCGCUUCACUCGGCCUCCUUAAAGGGUUGCCCUUUCCUGUUCCGCCUUGCGCCAAGUGGGCUCGUGGAACUGCGAGACCCAGAAGGUUUUUGGCACCCGGGAGGUCGCGGACGGCUGCUCCGCGGCUGUCAUCAUGCCACAGAAUGAAUAUAUUGAAUUGCACCGUAAACGCUAUGGCUAUCGUUUGGAUUACCAUGAGAAAAAGAGAAAGAAAGAAAGUCGGGAGGCCCAUGAACGUUCAAAGAAGGCAAAAAAAAUGAUUGGACUGAAGGCUAAGCUCUACCACAAACAGCGCCAUGCCGAGAAAAUACAAAUGAAAAAGACUAUUAAGAUGCAUGAAAAGAGAAACACCAAACAAAAGGAUGAUGAAAAGACCCCACAGGGAGCAGUACCUGCCUAUCUGCUGGACAGAGAGGGACAGUCUAGAGCAAAAGUACUUUCCAACAUGAUUAAGCAGAAACGGAAAGAGAAGGCGGGAAAAUGGGAAGUCCCUCUACCCAAAGUUCGUGCCCAAGGAGAAACAGAAGUAUUGAAAGUUAUUCGAACAGGAAAAAGGAAAAAGAAGGCAUGGAAGAGGAUGGUCACUAAAGUCUGCUUUGUUGGUGAUGGUUUUACAAGAAAACCUCCUAAAUAUGAAAGAUUCAUUAGGCCAAUGGGCCUGCGUUUCAAAAAAGCCCAUGUCACACAUCCUGAGCUGAAAGCUACAUUUUGCCUGCCAAUACUUGGUGUGAAAAAGAAUCCAUCAUCCCCAUUAUAUACAACUCUGGGUGUGAUCACCAAAGGUACAGUUAUUGAAGUGAACGUGAGCGAGCUGGGCCUUGUGACACAAGGAGGCAAGGUUAUUUGGGGAAAGUAUGCCCAGGUUACCAACAAUCCUGAAAACGAUGGGUGCAUAAAUGCAGUCUUGCUGGUUUGAUAGUGAUUUCUACUGAAGACUACCCACCUUUAGCAAAACACCGUCACUGUGGUUUUUGUGACUACACCAAGCUGUCCACCCUCUGCAGUCAUGAAGGGGUAUUUAUUACAUUGGGAAGAAAAAUAAAAACUGCUCAGUUUUACAGUUAGUCCAUCUACUGUUUGGUGCCUGAGGGCUUACGUGUUGAUAAACGUUAGUGACAGAAUAGCACACAUACAGAUAGAUGUGAACAAAAGAGUGUGCACACAGUAGUGCAGGUCUGUCAUUACUGGAAAUCCACCUGUGUAGUUUGAAGGACCCAUAAAAGUAACCAACACUUACUUAGUGGGUAAGCUAGGAAUUUGUUCGAGUAUUUUCCAUCUCAUUGCCAUUAAUCCUAAAAAAAUGGAGCAUUUUAAACUUGUGGUAAUGUUUAAGUUUAUAAAAUACAUUAAAAGUAUGUGAGAAGGUAAAUUAGACUGAAAAAAAUUCCACUUGUAAUUAAUAUUUUAUGUAGUACUUCUGUGAAUUUCUACCAUUUUCUAUAUUCUAAAAAUAGGAUAUUGCAUUUAUAUUGCCACAAUGAUGUUAAAAAUUGGUUAGAUAAUUCUAGACUAUGUACUAGUACCCUGAGAUGCGGCACUUGGAUUAAAAGUCAUGAUUUGGAGUUGUAACUUAAUUCAAGAUCUUUUGUGACAUAUGAAUCCCAUGAUCAUGGCUUUGAGCUUCAGAAAGUGUCUGUAUAUCACCACAUUUGCUUUAAAUUGUUUUUUAAGUCUGCCUUCAUAAUAAUAGCCAAUGUGAUUGGUUAUGCCUUUAACAGAAUCAUUCAAUGUCUAAUACAAUAAGCACAUCUUCAUGAAUGAAACUCAGGGGAAAAAGAAAAAUUGAAAACACAGACCAGAAAACAAUCACAAAAUAUAGGUUUAAUUACUACUUUAAACAUUAAGGGGGGCUAGCAAGGAAACCAACGAUAAAUUCUCCAGUAAGACUUGCUACUGUGAAUGAUACAUCAUUCCCCCCCUCCCCCUAAGUUUUAGAACGUACAAAAAUGGUAAGGGAAAAGGAAGGUUAGUAAAUGACCAUUCGGUACAGACAGAAUCACCUCAGGACUUUCAAUUCGAUUUUAACAUUUCCCACCAAUAAAAACGGGUAAUGUAUGACUUAUUCACUAAGUUACAGAAGGUCAAAGGAAGUCUGACUGCAGGUAAUCAGUGGGUACUGCUGAAGUAGGUUUGCUUGUUUUUCUAGAACUAAAAACAGCAAACUAUCUUGUACCAAAAAAGCAUGGUAGGAAGUAUGAAAACAAGCAUGACAUAUGUAACAGACCACACCAAAAAUCACCAGAUUGUUAGUGGACAUAAAAGGCAGAAGUUGCUUUGUAAAAUACGGUUACAUGAGUAGUGUUAGUGUAAGUUCUUUAUUUACAUUAAAAUCUUUCAGUUACUGGUAUGACCACACCUUAGAAGGUGAUCCCAAAGGGAAGAACCUUAGAGCAGAUGUUUAGUUGGUAGAAAGGGCUGAAAGGAAUACUACUCCAAGUCACAAACCAUCUCAGGUAACAUUGUAGUCAUCUGUUAAAAGUAAGCCAUUAAUGACUAGAUGUCCUCCUUAUUCUGCAAACCAAUGGAAAUAUGAAAGUAGACACAUUAAAGUAGAAGAAUGUGAACAUACGUAGAAGACUGGCAUUCUAAGUCAUGCUAUUAUUUGAUUUCUUUAAAAAAAUCAUAAUAGAAUCUCUGCAUCUUUAAAGUUGUAAAGGAUCUUUACAAUAAAAUUCUUAAAUAAAUUAA